UAUAUUUAAAAGUUGGCCGUAAUGGACGGCAUUAGCUCCCUGCUACCAGUCGCAGCUGGCGUCUUCUUGGUCGCACUCAGUCAUGCGGAAAAAAAACACUAAAGAAACUGUGAAGCAACUGAGUGCACAUAUUUGAAGAAAUAUGUUGUUUCCACAUAAUAUGACGAGAGCUGCGACCGCCAAUUCAAACUACCAAAAGUUAAGCGGAUCGGGUCAAUCUUACUAUAAACAUUUCACUUCCGGGUUAAACACCCCCCCCCUCUUAAUCACAUAAUUAUUUGCACGUCGCAUAGAUAAUCACCUGAUUGACAUGGGCACAUAUGUCCGACUUAAGAUCACUGCUAAUAGCUGCAUAUAUGGAUAAAUGUGCAUUUAAAUGAGUUGUUUCAGACGAUUGCUGUAAUUAUUGACUCACAAGACGUCAUAUAGGCUGGUGAUGUGCAGAUCGAUACCGAUAUGUUGAUAUUUCCGACACCAGCUCUUCAUGCUCUAAAAUCGAUUCUCAAAUCAAAAUAUUGAUACUUUUGAUAUUCAGUCAUUUGAGGUUAUGUUUGUUGAAAGGAUGUAAACGGAGCCAUGUGUGAAUUUUAAAGUUCUCAGUCUUGUAGUUCUUAAUAAUGAAUCGUUUGUUUUAAUGGUUUUAUUAUUUUACUUAUUUUGUUUAAACUACAAUUUUCACAUUCUGUCUGCUUCUGUGGUCUUGUUAUUUCUACUCUUAUUGUAGCUUGGCUAUAGGAUUGGGCGAUGUGGACUUUAGAAUGUAUCAUGAUAUUUUUGGGAUGUAUCAGGGUAUGACGAUGUAAUUAAAUUCAGCAUAUGAAAAGCUACAAACCUUAACCCAUAUUAUUAAAUUAAAAGUAAGCUUACCCAUGGCAUUGUGAAGAGAAUGUACAAAGCAAGCCAGUCUAUUUCACUUGUGCAGGUUAGCUGCUUUCGCAACAUUACUUGUACACUGUCAGUAGUUACACACACUUGUUUCUUCUCAUCUAAGUCCCAUUCCUGGAGAAACCCCUUCAACUCAGUUGUGAUGUUUUCACCUGCAUCUUCCUCUGGAAAAAAAACUUUUCUGGAGACAGGACGACUUCAAUGUCCAGUCACUGGUCACGUAGUGGACCGUGAGGCUAAUAUAUGGUUGAGUUUCUCGGAUACUACCCGUCUGUACUACAUCUGCUCUAUUGAAAUGUUUUCUUGUUUGUUCUGAAAAACACAUCAUCAACACGGCUUUUUUCUGUAUAUCAUUGAUACGGUAUAAGUCAUUCUCUUAUCAUGGGAAGAAUUUCUACCAGUACAUAGAAAUUAUCGCCCAACCCUACUUGGCUAUAUUGUACAUCACCCUGCUACCUUAAUAUACUUCAGGGUAUAGCAUAAAAUAAAUAAGUAAAUAACUUAGUAUUAUUAUGAAAUUAUUCAUUUGUUUAAAUUAAUCAUUUAUUUAAUUACUAAAUUAAUUAAAUGUCCUGCAUCCUUUAUCAAAGAUAUGAAAUACACCACUUUUUAAAAUUUACAUGACCAGAUUAGGUGAACUUGCACAAAGUAUCGGAUCGGUAUCGUCGAUACCAGCCUGAUUUGACUCAGUAUUGGAUAGGAAACAAAAUCAGUGGUACCACACAUCACUAAUACAGACCCUCCGGAACAUAAUGACGUAUAUUUGUCUACAGACAAGGAGCACACAUUUAAAGUAUGAGGGACUGCACGAUUCAGUAAAAAAAAUAAAAAUAAAAUGCAAGUCACGAAUUUGAAGCUUAGACCCUGUUCAGGGCCACGUGCGUUUGUUUUUGUUUUAAAGUAAACACAAUGUUUAUUCAUAGUAUUAUUACACUACUUGUCUUGUUCUGCUCUGAAGAGACUUCCAGUGGUCUUUCUGCAUGUGGUUCCUUUUUGUAGUCCUGUUGUCUGGGACUGGGAUCACAACGUGAAGUACAGCAGUUGUUCUUUGCAUACGUGCAGAUGCCCUGACAGAAAAUGGUGUAGCUUUAGCUCAGUGUAACCUGACGAGGAAAGUUGUUAAAUAUUUCACCCCCACUGGUGUGACUCAGCCGUGCGUGUGCCUAUAAAUAGGACGUAAUGCUGGGAACUUUCUCUUCAAAUGAUCACCUGUUGCAAACGUAGUUGUUGUUGAAGUGGAUGUAUGCCGUGGUCACUUUAGAAGUCACCGUACUUUUGUCAAAUCACACACUUGUUUCCAUGAGGGAUGCUCCCAUCAGUGUUUUAUACUGCUGAUUCCGAUAACGAUCAUCCCUGAAUGAGAUGGGCCAAUACGGAUAGUGAUACCGAUGACAUUGUCAUGUCCGCACGUAUUACGCUUCUCGCUCUUGGGAUUGUUGUAUGGUCGUCCAUCUUGCGCUGUCAUUGGCUGUCUUGUCAGGAUGAAAUAGAUGUCAGGCAGCAGAUUUCGUCUUCGUCUUCUAAACCUGGCUGGAGCUACGCGUCAACACACUGCUGAUGAUAAGCAAACAGUCAGACACUGACUGACUGGUCGUCACAGUGGACACGUUCAGCAAACAAAAAAUGCGGUUAGGCAGCAUUAGGAUUAUUUGGCCAAAAUACACCAUCUAUCAUAGAGCAUCGAAUUUUUCAAAAUAAUACUUGGUCAUCAAGUGACUUUUUUAUGUCAAGCUAUAUAAAAAUCCAAAGAAAGAAAUGUAAGAUUAGUAUUAAGAUUAGUAGGUUAGUUGCUUUGGCCAUCAGAGCAUUCAACUACGGGACAGUUCUGCUCUUGUUUCGGUGAAGUAACUCAAAUGUAGUAACAAGUCAUUACAAUUCACAGUAACAUUUGUAACAAAAUCAUUUCAAAGUAACAUAAGGUAAUCUCUCGUUUAUGGCGGUUAAUUGCUUCCAGACCCGAAAGUGAUAAGUGAAUUUCCACCAAAGUAGGAUUCCUUUUAUAAAUAGCAUAUUUCCAUAGUUUACAAUGUUCAGAGAUGGUUUUUAAUAUUAUUAGAGCCCUUUUAGACAUGAAAUAACACCCCAUAGUCACCUUUACAUUCAUAUUACCUAAUAUAGUAGAUGUAAUAAGAGAAAAUAAGUAGGGGUGUCACAAGAUCUUGCAAGAUUAAAAUAGGUUAAAUAAUAAUGGCGAUAAUAAAUCAGUUAAUCACACGAUAAAUGAAAAUGAACUGGAUAAUUUUGCCAGCCUCCAAAUAUUGUCAUGUGCAUGCAUGUUUGUUUUCCUCGGUGCGCCCCCUCCAAACAGGAACAGGCAGGAAGAGGGUUUCCUCUGUGCGUUGGUUCACAACACCUAGACUUCAUAGAACAACAGAGUGAGAACUCUUGUCAGUCAUAGUUGCUUUGUCUCUGUGGAGGGAGGCGGGGCCUCUAGCAUACACACACAGUGCAGCAAGGGAGCCUCGGGAGGAGCAAUGCAAGGUAAUGUACUAUAAAUUAGGAGGGGAAAAAGAUGAUGGCAAAGCCAAACGCCACAGUCCCCGUAUGGUAAUAUUAAUAAUGAGCAAAGCCGAACAAGCCAGUAUGCCAAAUUUGUUGGAAUUAAUGUUAAAAUCUUGUCUUGUGCAUCGUGUCUGGUGACACCCCUAAAAAUAAGACAUAAAUAAGACUCAUGCUCGUGUGUGUCGCAAAAAAUGUGUUCCGGACAUGUGGACAGGAGGUGACGUCGGGGGUUUAGAAUUGAGUUUUAGCUGGAUUAUGGCCGCAACAGUAGCCCGUGUUAUUGUUAUUGGUAUUAUUAUUAUUAUUAUUAUUAUUAUUAUUGUUGUUGUUGUUGUUGUGCCUGUUGUGAGAUCAUUUAAACGUGCAAUAAAAGCAUGUUGUUCUGGCGAUCAAGUCUGGUGCUUGUCUCAAUGAACAAUUACUGACACCCAGUGGCCAAUGUAGAAUACUACAAUUUGAAUGCUUCUUAAUGGCUUGCAUUGAAGUUUUAGUUCAUUUUGCUAUUUUAUUCUUGAAAAUGCAUAGUUUAGUAAAAUAAAAACAACUAGGUACAGUUUGCUUUUGGAAGUAACUUGGCCAACACAGUCUGGUCUUGUGUUCUUUUCUUCGUGCAUCAACUGGCACAUGACGUGUUUGUUCCCCUGGAGGCUGACUCUCACAGGGACGAGCCAUGAUGAACUUCCAAGGCGGUCGGAGGAGAGGUGAGGAUGGCAUCGCUGUGGUGAUCAACUUCCUGCUGUCCAACGCACGCCUGGUGCUGGGAGUGGCUGGAACCGCCAUGCUGGGCAUCGCCACACUGGCGGUUAAGCGUCUUAUUGAGCGUGCGGGCCGCGCUGCCGAAGAAGAGAAGGUGGAGCAAAAGAUGGCAGAGAGCUGGGAGGAGCUUAGCUUGGUGUCGUCAUCGCCCACCCUGAUCAAGAAGGGUCUGGAGGGCGUGGUCAUGCAGCACGUUGCCAAGGCAACCAGACCACAGAAAGCCGACCUGUGCCGACAAAGCCAAACAUCUUCUGACGAGUCCAAAGCUGAGCCAAAGUCCCACAGGGUCCACGUGUGUGUCCCCACAUUGCAGGAUCGACUGCUGCACUUCUACCACACCCGGGCGGCGCUCUCUCCGCUGGAGGUCCAGCGGGCCCAGUCGCAAGCUCUGGACAUCUGCACCGAGAUCCAAGGCUUCCUGCACAGCCGUCUCCCCGACAUGCCACUAGGAGAGAUGAGCCUCGGUGGCUCUCUGCUGGACGACCUGCAGGUGGUAAGUGCAGACCAUGCGUGUCUGCUGGUGCCUCUGCAACUGGAGACUUCUCUGUGGCGUCUCAUUCCGGGAGAGGCGACGCUGCUCACGCACCCUCUGCACUGGAUGGUCCGACGUGUCAACUUGGAAUAUUUCCCCAGAGGACGCAGCUACUGGGACAGGUACCUGGUGGGUGGCUACUUGUCAGCAGAGGCUGUUGUUAACAUGUUGAGCAAAGUGGUGAUGGAAACGAUGAACUGGCCGUCCAUCAGCAGCACUUUGGAUUGUCUUGUUCGACCAGUGCUGGGAGGACCGGAGCUGAGACUGGAGAUUGGGCCCACAAACGAAAGCAGCAUAAGCGAGCAAAGGCUUUUUAUCUCCGUGCUGCCUCUCCUGAGGAAGGGUGACGUGGUUCUGACCAGCCAGCCCGAGCUCACCGCCCCCUGGCUCAACGCCUGGCAUCUGUCCCUCUACCCCUGGGAGACGCAGCGCCUGGCUCAGUUGGACACGUCUGACGACGGCUGCCGCAGACUGACCCUCAAACUGCUCAAGGCAGUGUGCCGGCUCAACCCCGCCCUGCGCCCGCUGGACUCCACCCCCCUGGUCAACCUCAUUCUGCACCUGAGCGAGCGUGAGGGCAACUGGAGCGAGUGUAGCCUGCACCUUCGCUUCCGGCAGUGCAUCGCCGAGCUGAUUGGCCACCUGGAGCAGGAGGCUCUGCACAGCUACUUCAAGCCCACCGUCAACCUGCUGAGCGGCCUGACAGAGGACCAAGUGGACCAGAUGGGCUUCAUGCUGUACUGUGCCACCUCAGAGCCAGAAAUACUGCUCAUAUGACAUGGUCGCACCAUGCACUACUUUAAGAGGAGGAAAAACGUUCAGGAGCUGUGCCAACAAUUGGAAUCAUGAGGAUGCUUCAGGAGGUGCCUGAUUUAAAAACAAGACUUGAAGGAGGACAAGGACUCGGAAGUGCUCUGUCUCAUGUUUAUAAGGUGGAAUAGCUCUUUACAUGCAAGUUGCCUCUUUUUAUUCUUCUUGCUUUUAAACACACAUGAAAUGUAUAUUUCCUUGAGUGAAAUAUUUUAUGGGAGGGUGGAGUGAAAAUGACAAUAAAACACUUAAGAUUG